AUGAAUCAAACUCAAGAUCUUCAGACAGGGGACGACCCGAUUGGUAUCACUGAUGAUACAGCACUAUCACCUACUUCUAAAAAAGUUCUGGAACAAUGCUCUGUGACGGUUACGGCGCCUCCCGAGGAACAAAUUCGGACUCUUAUUUCUCGGCCUGUUAACUCUGACUUUGAUGGCACUUCCGGGUUCCAUUUUGCUCGACGAAACCAUGCUAUUACAAGCUAUUCUGUAAGACCACAGCCAACACUAGCCAGAGGUGGCGAUCACCCCGGAGGAGGUUGUCCGUCGCCUGCUAUUGGAAGUUAUAACCCAAGCUCGUCACUCAACCAGGGCACGAGCCAGAUAAACCCAACUAGCACGACUGGCUCUUUUCAAGACAUUACUGUCGAGCAAUGUCAACCGGACCAUUCGCUCUCUCCAUUAACGCGGCAGCAACCAUUUCUUUCUAUAACUAAGCCCAUGCAAGCUGAUAACCCGGCACUUAGAGCGUCCCAUUUAGAACCCUGCACGAAAUCGAUGACAUCAAAAUAUCAUGUUACCGAUGAUAGAUCUAAAGACGAAGCUAUGAAUAUCAGCCAAAGUCACAACACUUCCCUGUUUAGUAAUGACCCCACAGAUUUAAAUGGGUCCAGACUUAGUACCGACAGACAAUCGAACCCCGACUCACGAUCUGUACGAUCUGUUUCCACUUCUGCAACCAUAUCUUCUAAGAUAUCAAAAUUGCCAAACCCAGUCGCCGGCAAUUUAGUCAACAAAGCCAUAGUCAAUGAUGCUAAUCUUCCAUCUCAACCAUCUGAAGAAGAUCUUCACUAUCUAUUAAUUCACAAAUUAAAGAGAAGAGAGCAAGCCGAAGCUGAAACCGCUGCCCUGCUGGAGGAAGUAGAGGAAAAGCUGAAGGUGGCUUAUCAAGAGAACAAUACCUUGAAAGAUCAACUCAAGCAAGUAGAGGUACGGUGUGAGGUACAGGAGACAGAAAGGUCCACCCAGCAGGAUUUGAUAGAAAGAUGGAAAAUCAAGUUCAAGAAACUUCGGGAUUUCGUUGUGGCAAUUGGGAAUGACCAUGAAUCCCUUCGCAAAGACGGACAGCUUCUGAAGUCUCUACAGGCAUUGUUAGCUCGAAGAAACCAAAAACUUCUAGUGGAACUUAGACAAUUGAAUGGCAAAAAUGACAAAAUGGAUAGGAGUUUAGCUGAGCAACACGCUCAGCUCAUUAGUGUCCGAUACGAAUGCUCUGCCAUUGGGCAAUCUCUACAAUUGAGCGACAAAAAGUUUAAAGAUGGUGAAAAAUAUCUUGCUCGUGAACAAAACCGCACUGCUAUGCUCGAAUCCUUUAUCCGAAAUCAGUCUAGUAGGAGUUUGAAGCAAAUACAGAUAUUGAUGAAGAACCACGUUGAAACAAACACCAAGCUUGACACAUUUUGUGACCAAGUUAAUGAUAUCAUUAUGAAGGCCCAGUCUGACAUGAAAGCAGAGCUGCAAGCUCCUGCUCAGUCCUGCUUAGAGCUGCUGAGGAGGAUUGAUGCGGAAGGGUUGAACACACAAAAUCUUUUCUCGCAAAUUGACACUACUAUGCGGCGCCUGUUUUCUGAGUUGAACACACGAAACCAGCAAUCAACUCAGAAAUUAGAUGCAGACGUUGAUGCUCAAACCCAGCAAACAUUACGGACUUUAAAUCUAGUUAAAGACAUUAGCACUUCCUUAACGGCGUCAUCUGAGACUACUCGUCAAUUAGAAAAAUCGAAAGAGACGAAUAUGCUUCUUGACCAAAAAAUCAAAUUUCUCGAAGGAGCGUCUCUGGCAGCGAAUAACGCCAAUUCUGCCUUGAAACAGCGAGAAAUAUAUCUCAAUGAAGAGCUUAUGCGUUCUCAGGGCGAAGUAGUCUUACUAAAAUCGCAGCUAGCUGAUGCAACUAACCGUGUUGAAGACUAUAACGAAUUGAUUGAGUUGCGUAUAAAAUUCAGCAAUACAUCUGCAAAACUCAUAGAUGCAAAUCACAAGCUAGAAGCAAAUGAAACCAAUAUAUCUAGGUUAGAAGCUAGUUUGGAGGAAAGACAGCAUAGCCUCCAGGAAGCUGAGGCAAAGAUCUCAAGUCUGGAGAGGGAGAAAGUGAAAGUUGGCGAGGAUUCUAUGAUUGUUGAAAAUAGAGUGAGGGCAGAGUUUACAAGGGCCAGUUUGCUAGCAAAAGAGCAGGACCGUGCCCAAUUUGAGCAGCAGUUGCAUGAGCUUCGCCGAGAAAGAAAUACAGUGAAGAAGAAUGCUGAGACGAUCCAGGAACAGUUGGUAACACUGAAAUCAAAAUUGGCCACGGUAAAUGCUACACGUAGCGAGCUUGAAGAAAUUGUAGCAGAGAUCCGACCAAAGCUCGAUAAUUUAGAAAAGGAGAAGCAAGACCUGGGGAUCCAAUUAAAGCAAAGCCUACAAGAUACCGCAAAGUCGAAAGCUGAGAUGGAACGCGCGCUCGGUGAAGUGGAAAGACUAAAAGCAGAUCUAGCUACUUCUAAAAGCGCAGCAGAACAAUCCUACAAAGUCUGUAUAUUACAAGAGCAAUUUGAUCUCUUGCGAGAUGAGAGCGCUGAAAAGGAUGAAAGGAUUGCUUCCAUGACAGCAACAAUCGAUACUCUCCGAGACAAUUUCGAAAGUGCUCGAGUAGCAAAGGCUGAUGGCCUUAAAGCAAUGGAAGAACUUGAGGCCUUGCAAAAAACUGUGGAAGCUAUGGAAAAGGCAAAGGUAGAGCUGGACGAACGCUGGAAACACCGAGAUGACGAUGUAGCUUGCUUGACGGCAGAACUAGAAAGGGUCAAAGGAGAUUUGGAAACCAUACCCAAGUUUCAACAAGCAGUGCAGAACAAAGAUGAUGAGCUUCAAUUAUUGCAGAAUCAGUUACUUGGAGUAAAAGAAACUUUCACAAAAGUCGAAAAUAUCUUACGCCAAUUCAAUGCCCUUAACCCGGAAGAAUCGUUAUCCCAAUCAUGUCCUUCAUUAGAGAAACGACUAGCAUGCCUUAUUCGUCGACAGGACCCAAAUGAAAUGCUGCUGGAUGCUGAUACUGACGAGAUAGCGGGCGAAAUGAAUACACAGAAUUCUAAACAUCUUGGUAAAAGAAAGCGUACUGCUUUCAUGACACCGAAAGCACUAAAGCGGGUGUCACCUCGAGGUAUUUCCCAAGAUUGGAAAAUGACUGAGGUUGUGUACCACAAGGAAAGCAUCAGUCGAAGUAUCUCUUGCUCACCUCGGAACCCAUCAUUCUCACUUCAUUCUCAAAGCAAGAAGAAGCAGUUUAAUCCCAUGACAUCGCUGAUCAAACCAUUUUCGCAGAUUGAGUCGAAUGCAGGUGUCCAAGAUGCCUCACCUACUGACCUAAGUAAACUCCUAUCUACGUCCGAGGUCCAGAUCAAUGGGCUUCCUGUUCCAUCUACCCCGGAGAUAAAAAAAGAUGGACCCAGCACUCCAUCACCCAAGUUUUUGUCGAGGCCUGUAGAAGUUGCAGGAGCUUCACAAGAGACAAUGCACCCUGAAGUCAUCACCGGAGAUGAUCGCCAAUUGCAGGAGAAAGAUAACAAAAGUAUAGAAGAACCCUUACUACAGGACACAAAAAAGAACCGGACCUCACCCAAAGGUAUCUUAAAGGAAGCCAAGCUAAAUUCACUUCCCACAAAUGUAGCUCAAGGAGUAUGCACCCCAUCGAAAGACGAGCAACGAACUUGCGAAAGAAGUGUGUUACCACGUGCUCCGAGGCGACGAUCUCGUACCUCUUCUCAAUAUUUUAGCUCUACAGAAGAUUCAAGCUCCGUUUUUCUGAACACUCGACGGUCAUGGGCAGUGCAAAAAACAACUGAUACAGCAGCAAAGUACAGCAGGCCUCGCCGCUAUGGAAAAAAGAAAGGUAUGCCUCCGCAUAUUCGCAAUAUGAAUUUAGGGAGAUAA